UAUGACGUCUCGCCGCGGACCAAGAUGGAGCCGAUCCGCCCUGGACGGUAGCUACAUCACUACUAUAGGAGUGGAUUUCAAGGUUCAGACGGUCGAUGUUAAUGGGGAGAAGGUGAAGCUGCAGAUCCGUACAAUCACGUGGCUUAGGAGCCGGUGCCGUGGAUGGAGAGACGAGGACGUGAGCGGCCCCGAUCUGCUCGGUGUGCGGGCUGAGCUUCGAGCUGCUGAGCUGCGAUGGAGGACCACAUGGCGGGACACAACAAGGAGAAGCGUUAUGAGUGUGACGUGUGUGGCCAGGCCUACGGGAGAACGCCCCUUCGACUGCUUGGAGUGCGGCAAGAGCUUCACCUGCUAUGACAAGCUGCAGCAGCACAACCGCGUGGACUCCGGCGAGAGGCCCUUCACCUGCUUCGACUGCGGCAAGAGCUUCAAGACGGCGGAUGUGCUGAAGAUACACCGGCGGGUGCACACAGGCGAGAAGCCCCAUGGCUGCUCCACCUGCGGCAAGAGUUUUGCCCAGUUGUCGGCGUUGUGGGAUCACCGGCGGGUGCACAGCAAUGAGCGGCCCUUCACCUGCUCCAACUGCGGCAAAGGCUUCAAGUCAUCCAUCCACCUGAAGAUUCACCAGCGCACUCACACCGGCGAGCGUCCCUACACCUGUGCCCAGUGCGGCAAGGGCUUCACCCGCUCCAGCACCCUGCUGUUGCACCAGCGCACCCACACUGGCGAGCGGCCAUACACCCUGCAUCCAGUGCGGCAAGGGCUUCACCCGCUCCAGCACCCUGCUGCAACAACCAGCGCACCCCACACUGGCGAGCGGCCAUACACCUGCAUCCAGUGCGGCAAGGGCUUCACCUGCCCCAGCAACCUGCUGUCCCACCAGCGCACCCAUACUGGCGAGCGUCCCUACACCUGCAUCCAGUGCGGCAAGGACUUCACCCGCGCCAGCAACCUACUGGUGCACCAGCACACCCACACCGGCGAGCGCCCCUACACCUGCGCACAGUGCGGAAAGGGCUUCACCCACUCCAGCACCCUGCUGGUGCACCAGCACACCCACACUGGCGAACGCCCCUACACCUGCACCCAGUGCGGCAAGGGCUUCACCCGCUCCAACAACCUGCUGAAGCACCAGCGCACCCACACCGGUGAACGGCCCUACACCUGCAUCCAGUGCGGCAAGGGCUUCACCCACUCCAGCAACCUACUGAUGCACCAGCGCACCCACACCGGCGAGCGUCCCUACACCUGCACACAGUGUGGCAAGGGCUUCACCCGCUCCACCUCUCUGCAGUCCCACCAGCGGGUGCACGCCGUCGACCGUCCCGUCCCCAGCCCGGUGUGCGGAGAGCGCUUCACCAUGGCCUCACAUGCCCUGUCUCACCAGCGCGUGCACACCAGUGGCCAGCCCUACGACUGCCUGUACUGCGGUGAGGAGUUUGACAGCUCGCGGGGGUUGCGGCAGCACCGGCGGACCCACGCCGGCGAGCAGCUGCCUUGGUACCAGACCAAGUGGGACUAG